AUGUUACAGAGAGCCGCAAGCAAUGCAUAUUCAUGGUGGUGGGCUAGUCACAUCCGGACAAAGCAAUCCAAAUGGCUGGAACAGUGCCUUCAAGAUAUGGAAGAGAAAGUGCAGAGCAUGUUGAAGCUGAUCGAGGAGGACGGGGACUCGUUCGCCAAGCGGGCAGAGAUGUACUACAGACGCCGGCCCGAACUCAUCAACUCGGUCGAGGAGUCCUACAAGGCCUUCCGAGCCCUGGCCGACCGCUACGACCUUCUCUCCAAGGAACUCCAGAACGCUAACCACACUAUCGCCACUGUUUUCCCCGAGCAGGUCCAGCUGUCCCUCUCGGAGCCCGAUGACCUUGGCCCGGGACCCGCCACACCCCCUAACGGUCCUCUCCCCGCGCCAAAUGUCCCCCAAGCCCCCAAAAAGGACCUGAAGACCAUCAUCACCAAAGCCUCCAAGCAUCUCCGGGUCGAGAAACUGCAGAAGCCCGAGUCCAAAUCGGGACUUACCAAGGAGGAGGCGCUGGAUGAGAUGAAGAGGAUCCAGAAGGACAUCCUGGCCCUUCAGACCGUGAAGGAGUUUGUGAAAAGUUCGUACGAGAGCGGGCUUGCCAAGUACUGGGGGAUUGAGAACCAGAUCAUGGAGCUUCAGCAGAAAGUGUCGAGGCUUCAGGACGAGUUCGAUAUGGACACUGUCAUCGAGGAUGACGAGGCCCGGGCUCUCAUGGCCGAGGCCGCCCUCAGAUCGUGCCGCGAAACUCUAGCCAUGCUUGAGGAGAAGCAAGAAAAGGCAACCCAUGAAGCCAAAGAGGAGUACAAAAGGAUCGAGUCUGCCUGCCGGAGGCUACAGUCUCUCAGGGAGCGCUACUACCCGGCCCAAAAUGAAAAUACUGAUAACAGCAAUACUAAUAAAAAUAAUAAUCAGUUAUUAGAUACCUCGACUGGGGACGAGGUGGACGAGUUGAUACGGGCUUCGGGGGGGAUUGAGGUUGAGGGGAGCCUGGAACUGGGAAAUCUGACGGUGGGCCAGCUGGCAGAGAAGAUCGACCAGCUGGUGAACAGGGUGAUUGGGCUGGAGACAGCAGUGUCGUCCCAGACGGUGCUGGUGAACACACUGCGGGCCGAGACGGAUGACCUGAGUGCACAGAUAAGUGGGCUGGAGAAGGAGGAGGAGCUUGUCCACGACUUAGGCCACAGGGUUAUGGAGGUUGAGGGGAAGCUUAGUAAGGUCCAAGACCUGAACAAGAGUGUAGAGACCCAGGGUACCAACAUUGAGACCAACUUUGCCGUGGCCCGUUCUAACCUCCACUGUCUGUCCCAAAAUCUCAAGGAAAACCAGGUCACAAGUCCGGAAGAGGUCUCGCCUCUGGUUACGCAAGUAGUAGAGGAUGUGAAAGAAAUCGAUCAACCUCCCGCACCUUCACGGGCAGGAGUCGAUGUUAAGCCAGUUUUCGAAAAUGGUAUGCUUUCGGAUGAGCAACCGAGAAAAGAAAUGACCACUGCAGAGGAACACCAUUCUUAUGUGGAAUGUGGGAAAACGGAAGAGAACACGGUGGAGGAGGAUGAGGACAUGAACUGGCAGGAGAUGCUGCUGAGCGGGAUGGAGGACCGGGAGAAGAUCCUCCUCAAAGAGUACACCACCAUCCUCAGAAACUACAAAGACGUCAAGAGAAAACUCAUCGAGCUUGAGAAGAAGGAAAAGGACAGCCAGUUUGACUUGGUAUUGCAAAUACGAGAGCUGAAAGAUGCCGUCCAGAAGAAGGACGACGAGAUCAAAAUAUUACGCCACCGAUUACUCUCUGAACAAGAGUCCCGGCCAGAAACAAGAGAUGAUGUCCCAUGCGCGAGCCCGGGACCGGACGAUGACAGCGAGAUCAAGUUGGUCCUCCUUGACAGGCCGCCAUCACUCUCGAAAGCCGAGGAGAAGCUUCGGACGGACAUCGACGCCAUCCUCGAUGAGAACCUCGACUUCUGGCUGAGGUUCAGCACCGAGUUCCACCAAAUACAGAAGUUCAGGACAGAGGUGAACGAUUUAGAAAACGAGGUCAUAAAAGUGAGGGAGAAACGGAAGGUUGACGGGAGCUUCCCCAGGCAGGCAAAGUCGGAUGCACGGCCCGUGUACAAGCACCUGGUGGAGAUCCAGCGGGAGCUGGAGGUGUGGCUGGAGCACAGCAGGUCCCUCAAGGACGAGCUCAAGCGGAGGUUCGAGUCCCUGUGCGUGAUCCAGGAGGAGAUCACGCAGGCCCUUAGGGAAGGGGUGGAGGAGGAGGAGAUCAGGUUCAGCAGCCACCAGGCGGCCAAGUUUCAGGGUGAGGUCCUCAACAUGAAGCAGGAGAACAAUAAGGUGAGGGAGGAGCUGAGGACGGGGCUGGACCACGCGCACGAGCUCCAGCUGCGGAUAGAGAAAAUGUUGAGGAAGUUGAACCAGGAAUUCGAGAUUUCGAGCGAGCAGGGGGAGGGUGUUAACCGGCCGCGGGUCCCACUGAGUUCCUUCCUUUUCGGGACAAAGCUGAAGAAGCAGAAGCACUCAAUUUUCUCGUGCAUGCACCCAGGGAAACGGUACCAAGUCAUGAGGGCCGGUAUACAUCUCUCCAGUCCAAAUCAUUGA